AUGAAGCUGGUUAUUGAUGUCCUCCCUUCUUCAAUGAAGCAUGCUCCUUUUGCAGCUCCUUCAAAUUCUCUGACAUGGGAGGCUCCAGCUGCAGCCCCUUUGACUGGUUCAAGAAAAUCCUUUGUCGGAGAUGAUAAGGGCUGGACCCUCAACUUCAAUUACACUGCGUGGGCUGAAGUUUUCAAGUAUCCUGUUGGGAUUCGCAACAUUUACAAAGUUGAUGGCCCUGGCUUCCAAUUAUGCAAUGUACCCUCUGGUACUGAGGCCCUAACUGCUGGAUACGACAUGAUCACCCUUGCAACUCCAGGAAGGAAAUGGUACAUGUGUGGAAAAGCAAACGGGUUGCCUGUCUCCUCUGAUGCCCCCUCCAGUUCACCAACAUGGAAAAUUCCAACUCUACCACCUUCAAUAUUGCCAGAACCAAAGCAAUUCAUAGUUGGAGACAAUUGUGGCUGGACCCUCGGCUUCAACUACACUGCUUGA